GGAAGACUAGGCUUCCCGACGAGGAACCGCCCAACAUGGCCUCGGAGAGCAGGAAGCUGUGAGGUUGCCGUUCUGUGAGCACAGUGGACCCCCUCAUGGAGAAGUUCAAUGCGUCCAUCGACUAUGACUGGCACCUGUGGGAGGUGGAUAUUCAAGGCAGCAAAGCCUACAGCAGGAGCCUGGAGAAGGCAGGGCUCCUCACCAAGGCCAAGGUGGACCAGAUACUCCAUGGCCUAGACAAGGUGGCUGAGGAGUGGGCCCAGGGCACCUUCAAACUCAACCCCAAUGAUGAGGACAUCCACACAGCCAAGGAGCGCUGCCUGAAGGAGCUCAUUGGCAAAACUGCAGGAAAGCCAAACACAGGUCGUACAGCUGGAAUGACCAGGUUCCUCUCGCCCUUCCACCCCCUGCUUCAUGCUGUCCCAAACUUGGGGAGCCCAGGGGGCAGUUAGAGCUCAGCAGGGUCCUGGAUCCCCAGGGAAGCAGCAUGUCAGCCUCCCUGAGCACCACCUCCUCCUCACACAGGUGGUCACGGACCUCAGGCUGUGGAUGCGGCUGACCUGCUCCACAUUCUCGGGCCUCCUCUGGGAGUUCAUCAGGACCAUGGUGGAUCAGGCAGAGGCAUGAGUCCCCCAGGGACAGCCAGGGGGCAGAGGGAGGUGUGGUGGCAGCCUAAACAGCAGACCUAGGUGGCAGGGGUGAACAGGGUGGGGGUACCAGGUCCUGGGGGACAGGGGUAUCCCAGAACUCCAGGAUCAAGGCAGAGCAGCCAAGAGUGGGGCAUUUC